CAAAUCAUGUUUUUUUUUAAUUCUGGAAUCUCAAAUUUGAUCUUUAAUCUCCUAGAAAUACAUUUAUAAAGUAUCUAAUAACUUAUUUUAACUCCUCCUUUAAGACACUUUUAAAGAAACAAAACAACAAACAAAAGGAUAUUUCUAGUGAUGAAAAAACUUCUUAUUUGAUGGCAUGUGACAUUUAGAAGAAGUUAUUAUUUAUUCGAUAAUUAACUUUGAAAAUAAAAUACACCAAUAAUGUUCCUUUUACUCCUAUUGAAGCCAUUUAAUGGAUAGUUUAUAAACACACUAUUGCGCGUUAAAUGCAACGUUUCAGCUCAUGUUUGACAUUUGAAAUCUCCCGGAAUGAACUUUAACUGAAGUGUUUCAGGGGGAAACACGUGGAGCAACAAACUCUCGUGGAGGAAAUGUUUGAACACCUCCUGCGUGUUCUCACGCCUGUAAUUAAUACUCCUCUAAUGGACGCAUUAGUUAAACCAACUCUCAGACUAAUUGCUCACUUUGUAUGUAAAUACUGGACACGCUGUUUGGACGAGAGGCGGAGUGUGUGUGUCUGUGUGUGUGUCUGUGUGUGUGUGUGUGUUGUCAGUUGCCACCCAAGACGUGAUUCAGCCCCAACAAUCACUAUUAUACGGGGGACGAAUCUGUAAUGAUGACGAGUGUUUCCUUCGCGCUUUUGUCGACGCUGUGAGUUCAUCCUUUUACUCCGAGCCUCAUCAUCAUCAUCACCACCACCACCACCAUCGUCAUCAUCAGCACUUCAGCCAUUCAGGUGCUCAGCACAGACACAGGAGGAGGAGGAGGAGGAGGAGGAGGAGGAGGAGGGUUUAUAAGCGCGCAGCCUGCUGUUUGUUUGCGUAAACACUGACUCCAGUGCGCACACAGAGCUGCUGUUUGGACAGAAGAUCCCCUACACGUCGUGUUUUCCUUUCCUUUCCUUUUUUUUUUUUAAUCUCCACCCUUCUCGGACAGACUUAACCUCGAGUGCUUGCUUAUUUCCAUCCUCAAAACAAACAAACAAACAAACAAACCAACCAACCAGGACUGCAUGGCUGCGCCGACCAAGUUCAGUUUUUCCGUCAGGAGCAUCCUGGAUUUGCCGGAGCAGGACGCAGAGGCAGUGCCGGUGCACUUCUCCUCCUCCUCUUCCUCUUCCUCCUGCUCCUCCAGCUCGCCCUUCAUCUCCUGGAUCGACUGUGACCGCAGCCCCUGCAUGUCCUCUGAUGAAGGAAGCCUCGAGGCCUCUCCCGACUCCACCAAACCGGACGACUCGUCUCUGGACUCGGAGCAAGACACGAGCAAAAAGAGCAAGAAGCGGCGCGUUCUGUUCUCCAAGGCGCAGACUCUGGAGCUGGAGAGACGCUUCCGGCAGCAGCGCUACCUGUCCGGCCCGGAGAGGGAGCAGCUGGCGCGGCUCCUCAGUCUGACCCCGACCCAGGUGAAGAUCUGGUUCCAGAACCACCGCUACAAGAUGAAGCGAGGCCGCGCGGAGGGAGCGCUGCUGCUGCCGCCGCAUGACGCGGACGCGGCGCUGCCGCCUCCGCUGCUGCGCAGGCUCGUGGUUCCGAUUCUGGUGCGCGACGGGAAACCUUUUCACACCUGUGUUCUGGACACGGACAAAGCCGGUUUUCUACCUGCGUCCUCUCAGACGGUGUCCUUCCCUCUGCCUUAUCACCCGUCCCCGCUUCACCUGCCUCCUCCCCGGUACCAGCACUUUCCAGCCGCGGCAGCAGCUUCCAGAUUGGCGUGGAGAGACUUUUGGAGCGAGCCGGUCCAUUUUAACUCCUUCAAAUGACUCCAAUUACGCACAAACUCAUUUAGAACGACAUCAAAUGUUUUCUGAAAAAAAAAAGAAGUAAAUAAAUAAAUAAAUGAAUUCCCAGCAACUUAAACAUUUAGAUUUCUCUGUCACUAUAGAAGAAAAUGUAUUUUUGCACAUUUUAUUUUUGAUAUUUUGCGUGUUUUUUUUCUUCAUACACAGGCUUCAUGUUGUAGCCUCUUUAUUACUAAUUAUCCUCUGUGAUAAUGUAUGUGUGUGUUUGUGUGAAUAAUAAAGCCCAGUAGGCGGGAUGCUGUUAUAAUUCUUAUAAUUAUUAUUAUUAUUAUAGCCUGAAUGUUUGAAGGAAUAAUAAUGUUAUUUUUGUCUUUAAGGAGACUUUUUUUUUUUACAUGUUUUAUUGUAUUUCUAUUUGUGAACAAAAUUAUUAAUAAAAUCGCUCACAUAUUUUCUAUGA